UGCACCAAUAAUUUUGAUUGUCACCCGCCGAAAAAACCCACCGAAGAAGAAGAACGUGAUCACAACUGCAAUGGCUACGUCCUCGUGUCAUGCAUUAGUCCAGUCAAGUCGUGUGAUUUAUCAGAGGAAAGUCCUGUAAGCAGUCAAAGGUGCCUAGUCAUUGACGAAGCAGACCGCAUUGUGGAAAGAGGCCAUUUUGCUGAGCUGGAAAGUCUGCUGGAGAUGCUGAACACUGUCCAGUUUAACCCAAAGAGGCAGACAUUUGUGUUCUCCGCCACCCUGACCAUGGCCCACAGCUUGCCCACCCGCGUCUUGCAGAAAAAGGGCAAGAAGGUGGACCAGCAGAGCAAGCUGGAGGUCCUUUUGGAGAAAGUGGGGAUCAGGUCCAAGCCUAAAGUAAUUGAUCUGACCCGGAAGGAGGCUACAGUCGAGACCCUGACUGAGACACGGAUACACUGUGAAAAGGAAGAGAAGGAUUUCUUCCUGUACUACUUCCUGCUCCAGUAUCCAGGCCGGACUAUGGUGUUUGCCAACAGUAUUGACUGCAUCAAGCGGCUUAACUCUCUGCUGGUCAUCCUGGACUGUACUCCAUUGCCACUGCAUGCCAACAUGCACCAGAAGCAGCGCCUAAAGAACCUUGAGCGGUUCGCUGCGAGGGAGAGCUGUGUGCUCCUGACAACUGAUGUGGCGGCAAUAGGGCUUGAUAUUCCAAAUGUUCAACACGUCAUUCAUUACCAGGUUCCCAGGACUUCAGAGACCUGUGUCCACCGCAGUGGAAGGACUGCACGAGCCACCAAAGAGGGUCUCAGUUUGCUCCUGGUUGGGCCAGAUGACAUGAUGAACUUCAAGAGAAUCUACAGAGCUCUGGGAAAGGAUGAGGAGGUUCCCAUGUUUCCCUUUCAGAGCAAGUGCAUGGCUGCCAUCAAGGAGUGAGUCAACAUGGCUAGGAAGAUAGAGAAGAUUGAGUUCCAUAACAGCAGAGAGAAGCAGCACAACUCUUGGUUUAAGCAAGCAGCAGAAGCUUUGGAGAUGGACCUGGAUGAUGAUGUUUUUCUUGGGGGGAGGAAGGAUGAGGAGCAUGACAGGCAGCAGCAGAAGAUGAAGGGCAUGAAGAAGCACAUGAAACACCUGAUUUCUCUGCCUGUAUUCAAGAAUGUGAUGAAGACCAAGUACCCCACACAGAUGGGUAAGCUCUCCCUGCCCAACAUGCCCCUACAUGUUUUGGAAACGCCCUUGACCAGUGUCUCCAAUCAGAAGACAGAAACAAAAGAAAAAGCAGCAGCCGCAGUGUUAAAAAUGAUUGUAGUCUCAAUUAGAAUGUUUGAGAUUGAAUUUAUAUAAAUGGAAAUACAGUGCAAUUAUUGUAACAUUUUUCACAAAUGAUUUUAGAAGAUAUCAGUCUUGUUUUUGAAUAAAUACUUUUUUUUGGACAUUCAAGAAAGUCGAGCGGAGUCUACCGCAUAUGCAUUCACUGUAAAUUACAAAACAAUGCUAAAAACA